UAACAGUGAGCCUGUCCGUUCAACCUUGUCACAUAAAUGCUUAAUAAAAGCAUGUGCCGUUGUCUCGAUUUGGAACAAAAUACCCCGCUGCUGUUGUUGAUCUUCCUCAUUAACCGGUUAGAACUUUCUCCAAUGUGUGUUCCCAGUCUUCGACGCACUGAACACCACCACAAAACCCAACGCCUACUAUAUGGUGUGUUGUGCCAGCGAUGCGUUGACAUUUGCGUGGGCUAUAAUCGGCAACACGAAGCAACAACAACAACAAUGGGCCUCCGCAGUUCGAAAACUAAUUGAGUGCUAGUUAUCACACCGUACACUGUAGUGGCGGGAAUAGUUGAUACCAAUGGGGGUAAAAGCGGACCAGCAACCUUGGGUUCGUUGUUUUCCAUUAAUGUGCGUGUUGAUUAGACGACGUCAUGUUUGAUGCAUGCGACACCGUUAUUGGCGACACCGACUACCGGCCUGGUGUCAUUUUUUGAGGUACGUAGUAGGCUGUUGUGAAGUUUAAAAUAUACCAUCUUCACCGUGCGUCAGCAACGUUUGUUUGCGGCUAAUGUUGGCAGAAAGAUGACACACCAUGCUAAACAUUUCCCGCAUUGCUUAACCGGCCCACCCAGUGCACCCGAAAGGAACCGAAUUAAACUUCCAUCCCGCUUAUCGAACGAUCAUCAAUCGAUAUGACGUUAAAGCGAAUGAAGAUUGCACACAUCUGUCAUCGUGCGUUGGUCCCCAAAACGGUCCCCCGCCCCGUUCUCUGUAAUGCAUACCCAAACCCCGAUAAUUGAGCACCACAACCUCGAGCCACAGGGCCUCACACCCGGUUUGGAGAGUUUUGGAUACCUUUCACCCACUUCAACCGAUAAGUGGCCGAUAAGAAAACCGAAACGUUCUACCUCCUCAACACCACGAUACGCGGAGGGCUGCGGCGCAGGAAUGGGCAAGGGACUGCUGAUUGCCCACCGGUUCUCGUAUAAAAACGCAACCGCGGGCAGGUGCACGGGUUCAGUUGUCUGCUGGAAUUCUUGCGCGCUUGAUCGAACAUAGUGUGCGGGUGGAACUAUCAUCGCGCUGUGACCUGCUGUGCUCUGUGUGCCGCGUGUGUGAUUUGGUGCGUAUUUUGUGUUGCUGUGGCCAUUAUACGUGUCAUUACGCAGCUGUGAUAGAGUGUGCAACCACAGGGUGGAACGUAAAUAGCCGCUUCAAUAUGAAACUAAACCUGGCAACGACGUGGCUGCUGCUGGUGGCGUUCACAGUGAAUGAAGUGCGAGGGCAGCUGCGGUGCUACGUGUGUGAAAACUGUCCCGACCCGUUCGAGGGCACCUCGGCCCAGCUUCAGGCCUGUCCGGCGUCAGAAUCGACGACCACCACACAGAUGCCCCCGGGGGGUGAUACAACGAUCCUUACGCCACCGCCCCUUCCGACGGGCGAUGGUAGCGGUCAGCAGACGACGACGACGGUAGCAACGACCACGGAAGCGCCACCGACACCAAGCACGCCGGUGAUCACGCCACCGCCAGUGGUCGGUCGCCGAAAGCGUCAGACAGCAGCGACCGGAUACCGUUGCUUCCGGAUUGAGCACUCCAACACCGUCCGCCGGGGAUGCGCCGCCUACCUGGGCAACCAGGCCGACACCUGCCUGUCCGUGAACGGUGGCACCAAUCCCAUCGGCUGUACGCUCUGCGACUGGGAAGGAUGUAACAGUGCGACCGGGCUGCGAGUAUCGCUGUUCGCGCUUCUGCUCGCUGUACUGCUGUCGGUCGUGCUGAAGCAGUAACGCCCCACAGAAGUAGCAGCCUUCGGCUCCCAACUCCCACCGCAAACCCCUCAGCAAAAGCUGCUCGACAGACAGCAACUACUCGGGGGUUUACUACUCACGGAUGGAUGGAGUCAGCUGAUCUUGAGGCACAAAUGGCAACCGUACCGUACAGAAGGAUGGUACAUCGCUGGGCAUUAGGUUAUGUGACUAGGUUAAAUACAAAGGCCAGUCAGACGGCCAAAUAAACAGACAGUUUAAUCAUAACGA